AUGUCAGCCACCGGGGCCGGCCCCUGUCCAUUCCGGAUUCCGCGGGGCCUGAGGCCGCGGCCGUUGCUGCCGCUGCUGCUGCUCCUGCUGCUGCUGCUGCUGCUGCUGCUCCUUGGGCCGCCAGACGGCCCUGGUGCAAGGGCAUCAUCGGUCCCAUCGUUCCGCACCGUCCACUACCUGCCCAGCACAAGGUCCCCCAACCUGGAUUCCGAGCUCCGGUUUUGCGACUUCUUCUCCCAGCGCUAUAUGGCCAUCGGCGGCCGGGACUCCUUCGAUGACAUCCACUUCGCCGACACCUACUUCUCGGUUCGAAGCUCGCCCGAGGGCAAGCAGCGGGGCGAUUUCUCCGCCGACCGCCCGGUGUCCUUCCUCCAGGGCCCUCCCUCGUCCGUGGCCUGCCUGUUAGGGGUGCAUCCCUUUGCGCCGAACGGCCCGGGGCCGCUGGUCCUCAAGCCGACCCAGGUCCCCGCCGCCUCGCAGGUGUACGAGUCCCUGGUGCAAGUCGACUCGGAUGUCAUCCUGCAGGGCAUCGGCGGAGCCACCUUCUUCACCCUCUGGGGCCGGGAGCCGAUGCUCGCAUUCGACUCGCACCAUCCCCGGCGCAUGGACCCCCAACUUUUGACCAUCCACCAGGAUGCCAUCCUGAGCCGAGCCUUGGCAUUCGGCGGCCAGGACACCGAGCAGCAGGACAACUUCGGCCUGGCCAACAUCCGGCUGCUGACGCCGACCGAUCUCGACAAUGACGGUCAAGUGGACGCGGUGUUUGUGGCCACCCUGCCGCUGCAGCCGGACGGCCCGGAGUCCAUCUACUGGCUGAGCAACAUCGCCCGCCCGGUCGGCCCCGGAUCCCUGGGCGACGUCUCCCUGCUGUACCGACUGCCGUCGGGCUUCCGGGCCGGGAAAAUCAUCGUCGGGGACUUUGACGCCGAUGGCCUCGCCACCGAUGUGGCCAUCAUUUCCGGCCUCGAGUCCACCCUCACCGAGCGCAUCAUCUUCUUCCUGUCCUCCAACAUGGCCCUCCCGGUGCAUGUGUCCCUGGCCGACAUGACCGCCGGCGAUCCGGGGCUCCUGGAGCCGCCGCAGACCAGUCGCCAGCCGAAGGCCGCCCCGGCCCCGAAGCUGGUACAUCCCGACCACACGAGCAUCAUCGUGGCCCAUGGCACUCGGGUGUGGCUGAUCCCGGGCCCGGUGCGGCCGAGCCCCGGCCCGGGAUUGCUCCUCUCCCUGGCCGAUGUCGACGGCCGGGCCCUGCUGCCGGAGUUGCCCCUCGAACGGUAUGGCGGCUGGAUGGACCUCGCCGUGGGGGACUUCGACGCCGAUGGAUCCCCCGACCUGGCCAUGGCUACUUCGGCCCACAGCGGGGGCAUCCUCCUCCUGUCGCUGGAGGCCGCCUCGCCGAAUUGCCUCUGCGGCCCGUGGGCUCGGUGCGCCCCGGCCCUGGACGACUUCUACGCCGCGCCCACAUGCGAAUGUGACGAUCCCAAUGCCCUGGAGGAUUACCUUGCUCCGUGUGAGUUCUGCGAGGUGGGCUUCUUCCGGGCCGACGUGCGAGAGUGCCAGCCCUGCGACGGGUCCUGCGAAACCUGCUCCGGGCCCGGUCCCCUCGAGUGCUUGUCAUGCCCGGAGAAUGGGCCCCUGCGAAAUGGCGCCUGCGUUGCGGAGCCCGGGCCCGAUGUCACGAUCGUGCGCGCCCCCCCCACGCGGCCCUUUUACGAGGCCCUCCUGGAGGGGUCUUUCGGCUUCGACGCCUGCCCCGGCCACAUGGCGCCCGAAGAGUGCCGCCGGCCGGUGGUCGCCCUUUGGACUGGCACCUACUCGGACAAGUUGCUGGACCUUGUCGAGGCCCAGCAGCGCAGCAUGCUGCACUUGCGCAGUCGGCCCUCGGCCGAGGGGAUCGGCUUCCUCAACAACGGAUUCAUCCAAGGCCUGGUGUCCUUCCGGGAAGGCCCCCGCCGGGGGGUCUACUCCUCCAUCUCGACCGCCGACAGCAUCGCCGCCACCCGGCCCAUUGCCAAGUACGGCAACCCGGCCCUGGCCACCGCCCUCGGGAGCUCGGUCUUCCUGUGCGACUGGGGCAAUCCCCUCAGCGCCCGCAUGUGCCAUGAGCAUGGGGCCCGGAUGGCGCCCAUUCACGAGCCGGCACAUGUGUCCGUCGGCCGGACUUCCGGCAGCCCGGCCGGCCCCGGGACCCCCAUGCUCCAUGCGGUGUCAGGGCCCUCCUUCGGCUCGCAGCGCAUCGCCACCGAGGCCAUUCACUCGGCCCUCUGGCAUGCCGUGGACAAUGACUUCGGCAUUGAGACCCUGCUGGCCCUGGUCAGUCUUGACCCCUACCUGGCCACGCCGGAGGCUGGUUGCCAGCUCAUUUGGUACCCGAAGGCCUUUAGCCACCCGAUGAUCACCAGCUCGGAGCUGGAUGGGAGGGUCCUCCUGCCGGCGCUCCCAUGCGGACGCCUGGUCCCCCUGCUCCCGGGGGCCGGCACCACGCGGCCGCCGCUGCUCCUGAUCCCCCACUCCCCGGGGCCCUCCUCGCUGGAGGUGCUGUUCCUCCUCCGGAACACGGCCACCGGGCGCGAUUUCCGCCCGGACUUCCGCGCCCCCUUGCCGGUGCUGACCUUGGGCGACCUGCACUCCGGUCGCCAAGGCACCGACCGGCUGGCGGCCGCGGUCGACCCCCGGACCAUGGAGCCCGGCCGGGCGCGGCUCUUCCUGUGGACCGGCAACUGGCUGCACGUGGUGCACCUGGCCUUCGACCAGCACCCCGGCACCCACGCCCUCACCGUCACCCAUCAGCCGGCCGUCACCCGGUGGGCCAACUUCCUGCCCUUCGAGUGGGCCCCGGUGGACUUGGUGGUCCUGGAUGUGGAGCUGGAUGGCCGGUCGGAGGUGGCCCUCAUCAACCACCACACCGGCAGGGGGACCCUCUUCCGCGAGGGGACCCCGGAAAAUGGCUGCGGCUGCGGGGCCGACGGCCAGUGCCGGUCGCCCGACGCCUGGCUCGAGACCGAUGUCUGCCCUCAGUCGGUCGACCCCCGGCCCGAGGGCCCCCAUGCUUGGAGCUUGUGCCCGAAGCUGCCCACCCAACUGGGCGCCCGGGCCUUCUGCCAAUGCCCGCCGAUCUUCGACCACUCCGAUUUGACCGGCCUCGAGCCGUGCAGCCUGUGCAUCGGCCACGGAGGCGAGGAAAGCCCCCCGGGCGAAUGCCCGGCAUGCACGCCCGACCACUGCCUGCAAUGCCUGGCCCACCGGUGUGUGUCCUGUGCCCCGGGGUUCCUGGUGACCGAAGCCGGCCAAUGUGCCCGCCAGUGCGACCGGCCGGAUGCCGUCAUCCUGGCCGCCGCCCGGUGCCAGGCCGCCACCCUGGCGGACAGUUGGCUGCCGGCCCAUCGGGUGCCGGUUCAUCCGGCCUGGGCCGCCAUGGUCCCGGUGCAGGUGUCCCCCCUGCGGGCGAUCCGGUCCUCGCCCGGCCACCAUGUGGCCCCCAUGUUCGGCCCCGGGCAAUAUCUCCAUCUGGCCCGUGCGCCCGAGGCCGGCGUCGCCGAGCAGUGGUUCCUGCCGGCGGCCGACUUCCACCCGGACGGCCAGCCGACCGCCCCGGCUGCCAUGCGCCCCGGCCAUGUGCUCCAGGGCAUGCGCGACUAUUGCACGGGCUGGACCGUCCGCCUCGAAUCCGUCGGGCCUCAUGGCUCGGACGCGCGAGCCCCGGCCCAUCGGUUCCCGGAGCCGGGCCAUUCCGGCGAGCGUGCCAUCACCGCCCAGGCCUCUGGCGCAUCGGUCCCCGAGACUUGGGACACCAUCCCGGCGGGGGCCAUCCCGGCGCGCCCGGCGAUACCGGCCCCCCGGCCAUGGUUCGAGGCCGUGUCGCGGCCCCCGCCCGAGGCACUCGCCGCCACAUCGGCCUCGGCCCAGGCUUCGGCCCUCCCCCCGGGGCUGGCCAAGCAGCUUGUCACCCACCGGGGCGCCCGCACGAUCUUGGUGUGGGAGCUUCGACCCGGCCGGCCGCCGGCGCCCUCCAUCCUGGCCGACAAGCCCCCCCCCCAGGUGUGUGACAUCCAUGCCCGGCUGGUGGAGCCCCAGUCGCACUUGGUCAUGGCCGACAUCGCGGCCCACUCGGAGAUGAGCACCCCCACCCAGGCCAUGGCCUCUUGCUCCUUCUCCUACUUCGCCCUGCCCUACCCGGAGGAGGAGGCCUUCCUGGAUGGCGCCUCGCUGGCCGGCGGCCUGGGCGACUACGGCCUGCGCCUGGUGCAUGUUCCGGCCCCGGGCCGGCGCCAGGAGGUGCUCCUGCUGCCGCGGUCCUAUUUGCCCCUUGCGCAAGGGCCCUUCCAACUCUGUGACCUGCUCCUGCUGGAGCUAUCCCCCCCGGCCGGGCCGGGCGGCCUGCCCUGGCAUUGGCCCUCCCCCGGGCCGGCCACCGGCUACCGCGACCAUGGAAGGGACUUGCUCCUGGUGCACUCGCUGCGCGAUCUGGCCCCGGGCCACCCGGACGAUGGGCCGGCCAUCAUCCUCGGCCCCUAUGCCCCGUGCCUGUGGCUGCUCCACCCCUCGGACCGCCACAUCACCAAUACCGUCCUCACGCUCGGCAACGAGGACCACUGGGACAAUGUGGCCCUCGUCCGGGCCGACGGUCUCCCCGACAGCAUUGUCCUCAUGGACGUGGGGUGCAUUCGCAGCGAAAAUUGCCUCAGCCUGCCGCUGUCACCGGCGGCCAGCUCCGCCAGCGGCCCCAGCGGCAGCACCGGCGGCGGCGACGAAGAAGCCCCCCCCGGCCACGCCGGCCGCCCGACCUAUGAGUGUCCCCUGCGCGUGCUCGAGCGGGAGCCCAUCUCCGAGGAUGUGGUCCUCCAGGCGCUGCACGUGGAUGACGAUGGGAUCUUGGACUUUGUCCUGCACUACCCGCUCUCCGGGCGCCUGGUGGCCUACAUCGCCCAGGACAUCCUUCACACGUCCUUCCGCCGGGUGGUCCUCCUGCCGGGGCAGGCCCAUGCCCAAGGCCCCUCGGCCGCCAUGGUGGCCGCCCGGCCGACCGUCUUCCUGGCCGACGUCGACCAGGAUGGCCUGCUGGAUAUCGUGCAGAUGGAGGCCCCGGCCGAGCCCGGCGCCCCGGGCACCCUGACGGUCUUCAGCCGCGGCGAUGUGGCCGACGCCUCUUGCCCGCCCGGGGCCGAGCUCGAUUCCCUGGGCCAUGGCUGCCGGUGCACCGGGGCCGGGCGCAUGCUCAACCCCACCACCGGCUCCUGCCAGUGCAUCGAGCAUGCCGAGCCGGAGCGCGGCACCGACGACUGUGUCUGCCCCAGCGGCAUGCAGGCCGGGGCCUCGGCGUGCGGCUGUCAGCCGGGGCUGCUGCCCGUGGCCGACGAGCAGACCGGCCUGCGGGCCACCCCGGCCCGGUGCGAUUCCUGCCACGGGACCUGCGCCGCCUGCUCGGCCGCCCGGCCCGGGCUAUGUGGCGACUGCCCGCCGGGCAUGCGCCUCCAGGCCGGCAUCUGCGUGGCCAGCUGCGCCGCGGGCUUCGCCCCCUCGGCCGACGGGCGCCGGUGCGAUGUCUGCGCGGCCACCUGCCACACCUGCAACGGCCCGGCCACCUCGCAAUGCACCGCCUGCCUGGGGAAUCGCUUCCUCCCGGGCGGCCUGCCCGGGCCCUGCCGCUCCUGCGACAUGGCCUGCGCCGGGUGCACCGGCCCCGGGCCCGACCAGUGCAUCGCCUGCGCCGCCGGCUGGCUGCUCAGCCCGGCCGGCGAAUGUGUGCGCGCCUGCCCCGAGGGCACCGGGCCGGCCAGUGCCCCCGGCGAUGCCCGCUGCCUGCCCUGCGCCGAGGCCGACUGCCUGUCCUGCGUGACCGCCGACCCGGGUGCCAUGUGCCGCGCCUGCGCCGGCCACCUGCAAGUCGGCCCCUCCGGCCAGCAGUGCAUCCAGUGCCAUGCCUCCUGCGCCGCGUGCCAUGGCCCGGCCGAGCACGAGUGCCUCGCCUGCGCCCCGGGGCUCCUGCUCCAGGGGACCAUGUGCCUGGCCAGCUGCCCGGAGGGGACCUUCCCCCAGGCGGCCGGAUGCGACCCAUGCGCCGGGCGGUGUGCCACAUGCUCCGGGCCGCUGGCCGCCGAUUGCACCUCCUGCCCGGAGGGCUGGCUGCUCCAGCCGGAGGGGACCUGCCUGCCGGCCGACUGUCCCGACUGCCCGUGCAAUGUCCCCGGCUGCCAGGCAUGCGACCCGACCAAUGCCAACCAGUGCCUCAUGUGCCUGCCCGGCUGGAGCCUCACCCCAGCCGGCCAGUGUGCCGAUGCCUGCCCGCCCGGCACCUACCCCCACCCGGAUGACGGGGGCUGCCUGCCCUGCCACGCCACCUGUGCCCAGUGCUCCGGCCACCGGGCCAAUGCCUGCACCGCCUGCCCGGCGGGCUUCCUCCUGGACCGGGGGUUCUGCCGCGACGCCUGCCCCCUGCAUGGGUUCUUCCCGGAGGGCCAGGCGUGCCACGCGUGCGAUGCCUCAUGCCUGACCUGCUCCGGGCCCGGGCCCGACCAGUGCCAGCAUUGCCGCCGAACGGAUGUCUUCCACCAGAGCCGCUGUCUGGCCGCCUGCCCGCCGGGCACCGCCUCGCUGUCGGGCACCUGUGUCCCCUGCGACGCCACGUGCGCCGCGUGCGCCGGCCCGGCGGCCGACCAGUGUACCGCCUGCGCGGCGCCCAGGCCCGGCUUGUGGGCCGGCGCCUGUGUGGCGGCCUGCCCGGCCGGCACCUUCCCCGAUGCCGAGCAAAGUUGCACCCCCUGCGGGCCCUACUGCCGCCAGUGCACCGGCACCGCCAGCCACCAAUGCUCCCGCUGCACCGGGGACCUGGUCCAGCACCCGGCGCAUGGGUGCGUGGCGACAUGCGGCCGGGGCUUCCUCCCGCACGGGGCCCAGUGCCUGGCAUGCGACCCGGCAUGCGCCCAGUGCGAGCUCGGCCCGGACUUUUGCACCUCCUGCCCGGCCGGCCGCCAUCUCGGCACCGAGCCCGGCACCUGCGUCACCAGCUGCUCCGAGGGCGAGUACCCGGUGGCCCUCUUCCCGGCCCGGUGCCUGGCCUGCCAUCCGGACUGCGCCACCUGCGCCGAGGGCCCCGGCCCCGAGCAUUGCACCUCCUGCCGCCCGGGCCGGGUGCUCCACCAUGACACCGGCUGCCUGGUCGCCUGCCCGGCCGGCUUCUUCCGCCCGGACCCCACCCCGCCCGGGGGGGACAUCUGCCAGCCCUGCCCGGCGGACUGUGCCCAAUGCACUGGGCCCGAGCCGUCGGCCUGCCACCGGUGCAUCGACGAUCGCUUUCUGCUGGUCGGCCUCGGGGUCUGCCUCGACCCGGGGCAGGCGUGCCCGGCGGGCUGGCACUCGCAGGCCAUGCCCGCCGCCCGGUGUCUCCCCUGCGCCGAGGGGUGCCUGUCGUGUGUCGCGGCGCCGGCCGACUGCGACCAGUGCCAGCCGGACCUCCGGGCCAUCCGCCUGUCGGACCGCCACCCGACCGCCGCCCUGCCCCAGGGCACCGGGCCGCGCACAUGCAUUGCCACAUGCCCCGACGGGUGGUUCGCCCCGGACAAGGACCGGCUCAAUUGCCACGCCUGCGACCUGUCGUGCGAGGUGUGCUCCGGCCCGGGGCCCGAUGGCUGCCUGGACCCGGGGUGCGGCCUGCCCGGCGGCUGCCCGAAGUCCGGCUCGCGCUCCCUCCUCCUGUACAUCGUCGUGCCGGUGGCCGCGGUGCUGCUUCUGCUCCUGAUGCUGGCCGGCCUGGUGCUCUUCCUGUGUUGGCGGCACCGUCGCUGGCAGCCGGCCGCCAAGGGGGCCGAAUCCAUCCCCAUGCAACGCAUCGGCGAUCCGGAGGAGUUGACCGUCAUGAACACCAUGGUCGAGCUCUCCCUGCCUGGGCACCUGACCCUGAGCCCGGAAUUCGACUACCGCAUCGAGCAUACCCGCAAGGAGCUCGGCCGCGGCGCCCAGGCCGUGGUGCUGCCGUGCACGCUCCUCCGUGCCGACUUGUGCACCCUCGCCGGCGGCUCGGAGGGGGCCGUCAAGAUGGUCCCCCCCGACUUGCCCUUUCGCACGCAAUUUGAACCGCUACUGGACCAGGAAAUCGCCAUCCUCGGCAUCCUCCUGGCGGACGGCGGGUGCCCCUUCGUAUGCCGCAUGCUCGGCUACACGGCCGCCCCCACGCGGGCGCUCAUCAUGCCGCACUACCCGGGCGAUUUGGAGGACUUGCUCUGGCCGUCGGCCUUCGGCCACGCCCAGGCCCUGCGCCUGGCCGCGGACAUCGCCGCCGGGGUGGCCUUCAUCCACGCCCGCGGCAUCGCCCACAAGGACCUCAAGCCGGGCAAUAUCUUCCUCCAGCCGGACCCCGAGAACCCGAGCCACCUGCGCCCGGUCAUCGGGGACUUCGGCGUGGCGCUCGUGCUCAAUCGGUUCUCCGUCAUCCCCACCCUCGGCAAUGUGGCCGCCGGCAGUGUGCCCUUCGCCCCGCCGGAGACGCUGGCCCGGCUGCGCGGCGUCCCCUUUGCCCUGGCCCCGGCCGAGGAUGACAUCGCGUCCCAGCUGAAGGUGGACAUUUUCUCCCUCGGGGUGCUGCUCUACAGCCUCCUGGCGCCGGUUCAGCCAUGGAGCGGUGCCGAGGCCGACGAAAUCACCCACGCCGUCAUCGGAGGCACGCGCCCGGAUGCCGUGGUCCCAGCUCACCUGCUCGCCCACGAGGACCACCCGCCGGCAUGGCUGCCCGACUUCCGCCGUGUCUAUGAAAAGGCAUGGGUGGGGGAUCCCCGAGCCCGCCCGAGCGCCGCCGAUGUGGCGGCCGACCUGGCCCGCCUGGCGGGGCACUGACGCUUGUCGAGAUCCCCCCCCCCCCGCUCGGCCUGCCCCGGCCAUGGACAUCUCAGGCCGCCUGCUGGCGGUUCUUUCCUUGACUCGCUCUUCUUGGCACAAUAAAAAUGUCCGCCACCUUGCA